AUGUCUGCUUUCACUUCACUCUCUGGAGCUCUCUUGUUGGCUCUGAGCCUCAACCACGUCUCCGCUCAAGUCCCUGCCAACGUCUCGCCAUGUGUUCGCAAUUGUGCGACCGUCAAGGUUUCUGAGGGUUAUUGUUCAAACCCCCAGAUCUUUUCAACGGCUUAUGAUCAGUGCUUGAGGCAAAACUGCAAUGGAGGCGAUAUUGCAGCAGGCCUCGCCUUGACUCCUGCUGUAGUCUGUGCUACUGCCAAUCCGCCCCCGACUGCUCCUGGUACCGCAACCCCAGCCCCACUCCCUGUGACCGCUGGUAAUGCCACUGGAACACCGGUUCCCGCGGGCAACUCAACUGGUGCCAUUCCCAAUGCCCUGCGUGCAGCGGGCGCUGGUACGCUAGCCACCCUUAUCGGAUCCCCUGCCGGCCAGAGCUAUGCCUCGGAACUGCAGCAAGGUCCCCACACUGUGUUUGCACCCGUCGACAGUGCACUGGCGCAGCUCCCUCUCAAUUCAACGAGUCCGGCAGACCUCACCGCACUCUUGAACUACCACACUGUGCCCGGAACUGUAGACGUUGCACGAUUGCCUCCCACUGGUCACGCUAUCGUGCGAACAGCACUUCGUGGAGCGCCCCACGUCAAUCUUCCUGCAAAUGACAGUCAAGUGCUUGUUUUGGCUGCGCAACCCAAUGGUGUUUUGACCAUCAUUGAGCCCACAAGAAAUAUUACGGUCUCAAAUGCGACCCGCGCUGAUAACCUAGAAAUCGCUGGAAUCCCCAACGCGCUUACUAUCCCUGGUACAAUUGCUGCUACUGCAGCUGCGAUCCCAGAGCUUUCCAGCCUUAUCGCUGCUGUCAACGGAUCGGCACCUCAGCUAUUCCAGCAGCUGGAUCAAACACCCGGGCUCACCAUUUUUGCGCCUAUCAAUGCUGCUUUGGCAAACCCUCCUCCAAACACCAACUUGCCAGGCAUCCUCGUGAACCACAUCGUCAACGGAACUGUUCUAUACUCAACGACAAUCGCAAACGUUACGAACGCAACUUCUGCUGGUGGUAGCCACAUUGACUUCAUCAACAAUGGCACCGGCACUUACGCCCGCUCAGGAGAAAAGACUCUGCUGAUUGUUCAGAGUGACAUUAUCACCAGGAACGGAGUCAUUCACCUCGUCAAUGGCCUGUUUGAUCCUUCGACCGCCACACCGACCUUCCCUCUACCAAACCAAAACAACGCCACCGAAACUGCGGGAAUUACGCAAGUCGAAGGGGCCAACUUGACCACCGCGGCUCAAAAUGCACAGCAAUCAUCUGCGUUACGAUCAGUCUCUUCUCCAGGAAGCCUUGUCGCCGUAUUCGCCAUGCUCCUGGUUGGCGCUUUUGUCUUAUAA